CUAUUCUUUUAAUUUUUAUUCCAAAAUGUCAGAAGCAAAAAACCAAUAAGAGAAUAAUCAAGGUGAUUAAUAACAAGAAAAUCCAUAAUAAAAAACCAAUGGGGAAUCAACUUAAUAAAAUCAACAAAGUUAAGAGAAUCAAAAUGAAAAAAAAGAGGAAUAACAAGGCCAAUAGUAAGGAGAAUAAUCAUAAAAGAAUGAAUCUGAGUUGGUGGAACCAAAAAAAGAAAAAGGUUAUAUAUUGAUAUUUACAAUAUUAGGUCCUUAUGAUAUUGAUGAAGCAGAUUUAACACCAAGAUUUGUUCGGGCAAUGUAAGUGCUAGGGUACACGUAUUAAGAUUUACAAAGAAAAUAAAGAAAAGAUAUCAUUAAUAUCAUAAAAACUAAAGGUAUAUAUUCACUUAUAGAUGUAGAUCCAUUGGGAAAUAAAAUAAAUUAAGAAUUAAUAGAUGCUCUAUCUAAUCAUUUAGAACAUUCAAGAAAAUAAAAAAUUAAUGAAAUAAGAAAAGAAAUACAAUACAUACCAAUUCCAGAAUAGAAAUAAUAGUAGUCAGUAGCAGACUAAUCUAUUAUGUAGUCUUCAAUAGCAGAAAAGUCGAUAAUUCUAGAUAAAUCAAUAGUAUCAAUGAGUAAAUCAAUAUUGACUAAAUCAUUGUCCCCUUUAGAAUUAGAAUUUAAGUUGUAUGAUAAAAUAAAAAAGAAAGAAAGAGCAGAACUACACAAAGCAAAAAAGGAAGAGGAAAUAUUAUCAAAAUAAAUUGAGUAUUAGCAUAAGCAACAGGAAUUGGAAGAGAGAUUAGAAAAACAUAGAUAACAAAAGAUAAAAUAAAAACAUAUGUAAACUCAAUAAUAGUAGGAGAUUUAGAAAUGGUUACACAAUCGAUCAGAUGCUGAAUCAUCUAAUUUCAAUUAAGCAAGGUAAAUUGUAGAAAAUUUGAAGAAUGAAAUAAAGGAUACUCAAUAAUAAAGAAUGUAUUUGAAUCCUAGAGAGAAAAUAGAGAAAGUUAAAAGCAUGAAUGAUUUAAGAAUCAAAGAACUAGAAGAUUUAUAGCGGAAAAGGGAAUAAAAUAUGAUGGAAAGACUUGAAAAAUUAUAAGAAUUGUCAUAAAAAGUAGAUAAUGAAAAAAACAUGAAAACAUUUUAAGAAUUAUAAAGAGAGCUCAAAGGGUUACUAAAAUAAGAGAAAGUUUAGAUUCGAUAAGAAAUGUUAGACGAAUAUCAUAAUUAUAUGAAAUAAUAACAUUAAACUGAAGAUUAAAAGAGGAUAAUUUAGGUGAUAAAAAAUAAAGUAAUUAUUUAUUAAUUCUUAGACUCGUAAAGAAGUUUAAUAAGAAAUGUAUAAAUAGUCCUUAGAAAUUAAGUCAUAAUAACUUGAUAAGAAAUUAGAAAAAUUUAAGUAAUUGCAAACAGAAAGCCUAAAAAUCAAGUCUUCAUCUGCUGUUUCAUUUCCUAAACAUGUGUCAGCCAAUAAUUUUGGGCAAAUGAAGGCAGAAUAUGAGAGAAGAAUAGGAUUUUAGGAUGAUUUAAUUAGGGAAAUUGAGAGAACUGAAAAUAUAUAAAAAAGAUAACGAAAAGAAGAAUAAAUGAAAUAAGAUAUGAAAUUAUUAAAAGAGGCUCGAAAUACAGAAAGUAAAGAAUUAGAAAUAUCAAAAAUAUCUAAUAUUGUUAAAGAUAUGAAAUAAUUUGAGAAUAGUAAUAUGGCUAGUACAAAAAGAUAGUUGGCCUAAAUUAAAAAUUUACAUCAUGAACGCGAAUUAUGUAUUUAUAAAAAAUUAAUUUAGAAAUUAUAAAGGAAAUAGAAGAAAGAAAAAAGAGGGAUGAGGAACAAAGAUAAAAAUAAGAAAAAUUAGAUUAUGAGAAAAAGAAAGAAAGAUUAAGAAAGAAUAUUGAUUAAUAUAAAGAGCAAAUAUAAAGUGAAGAAAAAAAGAAAUAAUAAGAAUAAGAAUAAUAAUCAUGA